AUGUCAGCUCCUGUUCCUCAAUUAGUAAAUAUAUCUCAUGCCUUGCAAGCUUCCACUAUCCAACAAAUUCGUUUGGAUAUGGUAGAUUUUAAUAAAGAUUGCAAAUUAUCUUCCAUUCAAUUGGCAAGAAUUGACAAGUAUAUCGAUUCUUUACAAGCGGCUUUAAAUCAGUUCACCAAAGAUAAUUUGCAUAUCGAACGGAAGGACGAGAAUGUGACUGCUGCAGACGUGCAACUGUAUUCUGGCCUAAAAUCAAUGUAUUUAGAUUAUUUGAACCAACUAAUUAAACUAAAGCAUGACAAGCAACCCCACUCUGUACCACCCAUCGCUAAUGAUGUUUCAUUAGACUUCUUCGUUAACCAAUUGCCUAAGUUUUCUCCCGAGGAAAGGAAGAAUUAUGUUGAUAAUUUAAUUCUGAAUAAAAACAGUCAUAAUCGAUUGUCUAAGAUGGAUGGUUUGGUAGAUGCCGUCAUUAAUUUAUGUGUCUUGGAUACGUCUGUUAGUGAAAAUGUACGAUCUUAUAUGAAACUAUUAGAUACACUGGGUUUCCAAAAGGGUUCGAACAGCACAGGUACAAAGACGAAGCUCAAAAAGAAAUUAACUAGUUCGAAAGCAAAAGUAAGGGAUUCCGAAAAAGAUAAAGAGAAGGAUAAGUUGAAAUCAAAAACGAAAAUCAAACUCAAGCCUUCCCCUCUUCUCAGUAACGAUGACGAUAUCUCUUCAUCACUGUCUUCUACAUCGAGCGCUUCAGUGAAGAAAUUAAAAUCAGGCUUAUUCAAUAAAAAUGAAGAUAAACCCUCCGCAGAAUCUUUAGCUACUUCUUCUAAGAAAAAACUAUCAUUUUCUAAAUAUCUAAACAAAGAUGAUGCAGAUUCUACCAAGCUUGGAGCCAAACGAACUUUGGACCUGGAUUUCAAAGUCAAUCCCGUAGAGUCGACGAUAGCCUCUAACAAUACAGCAUCUUCUACAUCAGUAUCACCAUCGACUACGUCAGAAGCGACUCCUGUUUCUUCAGAAGAACCUUUAAAGAAGAAAACUAAAAAGUCUCUUAAAGACUUUAAUGUACAAUCUAUCCUUAGAAAUGGUAAACCAAAAAAAACCCGUACAAGUAAUAUCAAAUUUCUGGAUGAUCCUCAGCUAAUAAAAGUUUACGGUGAUGAUCUACCGAACCAAGGGCUACAAGUUUCUCCUACUCAGCUGAAGAAAAUUCUAAAACCAUUUAAAGAAGGGGAACCAAAGGAAGUUAUAUUGUUCGAAGAUAUGUCGAUCAAAUUAAAGUCUCUAGAUUUAAGUUUUCUAAAAAACACAAGCAAUAAUGAUUAUAUUGAUAUAUCUGAAACUAGAGGUGGUCCAAUACACUGUGAAACUAGGACCCCGUUAAUCUACAGAAAGAACUUCAAUCAUUUCAAUUCAGACUUGAAUAAAAGACCGCCAAGGGAGCCCAUAGAAUUCGAUUUGAAUGGAAACACAAAUUCAAAUCCUACUAUUGCGAAAGCAUUCGGUAAAAAUAGUCUUUUAUUGAGGAAGGAUAGAGGCGGUUUGCCAUACAAGCAUGUGCCUAUAGUAAAAAGAAAUAAGUACCCUCCAAGACCAGUACGCUAA